AGACGAGAAAAGGUUUCAGACCAGAGACCGACCGAAGAGAGAGAGAGGGAAAGAAAGAGAGAGAGAAAGAAAAAAGAAAGAAAGAGAGAGAGAGAAAGAAAGAGGGAGAGAGAGAGAGAGAGAAAGAAAAGAGAAAGAAAGAGAGAGAGAGAGAGAAAAGAAAGAAAGAGAGAGAGAGAGAGAGAGAAAGAAAAGAGAAAGAAAGAGAGAGAAAGAAAAAAGAAAGAAAGAGAGAGAGAGAAAAGAAAGAAAGAGAGAGAGAGAAAGAAAAAAGAAAGAAAGAGAGAGAGAGAGGGAAAGAAAGAGAGAGAGAAAGAAAGAGGGAGAGAGAGAGAGAAAGAAAAAAGAAAGAAAGAGAGAGAGAUAGAGAGGGAAAGAAAGAAAGAGAGAGAGAGAGAAAGAAAGAAAAGAGAGAGAGAGAGAGAGACAGAGAGAAAGAAACAAAGAGAGAAAGUGUGAAGCUGCAGGAUGGAAGUGACAUCACACUGCAAUGGCUCUGACAUCACUGAGAGCAGAGCCAAUAAGAAUCCAAACCAAUCAGACUGCCUCUCCAGUCAGCCAACAGCCAAUGGGACACUGCCACAGCACAACACAGUUUUUUGUUGUCUUAAAUACUCUUCCUGUAGAGGAGGCCCCACCCCCUGUCUCCAGUAGGUCAGAGGAUGGUGACAUCAGUGAUGACUCCUUGACAGGCACCUCCUCCACCAACGACGUCUCGCAACUCCUUCCCUCCCAGCCCACCUCUGCUCUCAGAAAACAGAAAGGUGUGGACAGCUUAUCAGUGUCUCCUUCCCCCGUCUGUACUCCUCCAUCUUCCUCCACCUCUCCUCCUCCUCGUACUCGCCCUCGGUCGUCCACCUGUAACAGACACAGCUGCAGCCUUCCUCAUCAUCAUCACAGCACCAAGCGUCUCUCCUCCACUAAAAGCCACGCCUCCUUCAAGACAGACGCCGCGCACAUUAAGGAGGUUGCUGGAGAUGACUGCUGCGUUCACUGCCUCCUGGCCUGUCUGUUCUGUGAGAUGCUGUCCAUGUGUUCGGCCGUGGGGGAGUGUCUGGCGUGUGUAGUGGGUGGGGCCGGGUGCUGUGACGCUGCUGUCGGUUGCUGCUGCUGUGUGGAGGCGGCGGGGGAGGCAGCGUGCACGGAGGAGGCGUGUCAAGCUGUGUUGGAUUGUGGGAUACUGGAGGACUGCUGUGGAUCGUCCGACUGUUUGGAGAUAUGUCUGGAAUGCUGCUCCAUCUGCUUCCCCGCAUAGAGCAGCCAAUCAGAGACAGAUUACACGAUGAUGUCAGAGAGAAUAAGAGCGGGAGGCGGUUGAUUUUGUAGAUCAAUAAAUUGUGAAAAGUUCAAGCUUCAAAUCUAUUAAGCUAAAAGUUCUGGAAAUGGAAAUGGACAUUGAAUAUAAAGUCACAGUGACCUGAUGAUGUGUUCAGGGACAGGGAGCGUGUAACUGCAGAUACAAACUUCUUGACCGCAGCAGAAAUAAAACCUGAUGUUUGACCUCU